AAUGGCAAUUGGCAUGAUUGGAAUCUUGAGAGUUGCAAUGAUCGAAGAGGCGAUGAAUAUGGCUGGCAGGUUUGGAAUGCUUCUCCCAACGAGUGUAUAUAGGAAUUGUUGCGAUGUGUUGACUGACAGUUGCAAGAAAUAAUCAUGACAAUGGGUAAAAUGGAUAUGAUGUGACUGAGCGGGAUGUCAUAUCGGAUGGCGUCUGUGAAAACUGAACCUGAUCCAGAUGGUGAAUUGUAUUCAUCCUCUCAGAGUGAUUAUCAGCCGAAUGGCAUAAAAGAGGAUGAGGAUGAUCCUCUGUUAAUAAGAUGCCCAUUAAUGAAGACUGAAAAUGAGGCUUUUUGUGUGCUGUUGGAUUCUCACUGUCAGGUAAUUCCACAUCAAGUAAACAUGGGUCACCACCCGACCACCUCAGAACUAGUCCCAAUGGAAGAGGUAUUUGUCGUGGACUUCAUUAAACCUGAACCUAAUGAUAACAGUGAGACAUGUCCUACAUCAUCUGACAGUGACCAAGAAGUAGUUAGUAUAAAAGAGGAUAAUGAUUCUGUGGCAACAUUACCAGUUAAGAAGGCUGAACAUGUGGCAUUGAAGGCUAGUGAAGUUUUGGAAAGUAAUGUUGGAGUGCGGCCUGCCCUCAAUAGUGAACCAUGUGACGGUUACACUGACCUAAAGGAGUAUGAAGGCCAUGAUCAGGAUUCUGGAAUUAAAAAAAAUUCAUUUACUGAACUGGAAUCUUUAAAUUCUCACAAACGUAUACACUCUUGUGAUAUUUGUAAGAAAGUUUUUACUGACCGUGGCAAUCUCAAGCAACAUCACCGGGUGCAUACUGGAGAGCGCCCAUACUCGUGUGAUAUUUGCAAGAAAGCCUUCACUCAGCAUAGUGGUCUUAAACGUCAUUUAUAUGUUCAUACAGGACAGCGCCCAUUUUCUUGUAAUAUAUGUAACAAAUCUUUUAAUGUUCAUGGUAAUCUCAAGCAACACCUUCGUGUGCAUAGUGGAGAACGCCCUUACUUAUGUGAUAUAUGUACAAAAGCCUUUAGUGUGCACUAUAAUCUCAUGCAACAUCAGCGCGUGCAUUCUGGACAGCGACCGUACUCGUGCGAUACAUGUAAGAGAUCUUUUGGUCAACGUGGUCACUUAAAAAAACACCAGCUUGUGCAUACUGGAGAACGCCCAUACUCAUGCAACAUAUGUAAGAAAACAUUUACUGCACAAGGUAAUCUGAAGCAACAUCAACGUGUGCAUACUGGUGAACGUCCUUACUCAUGUGAUAUAUGUAGAAAUGUCUUUGCACAUCGUAGUCACCUGAAACAACAUCUACGUGUGCAUACUGGAGAACGACCAUACUCAUGCGAUGUAUGUAAACAGACUUUUCCUCGACACGAUACUCUCAAGCAACAUCAACGUAUACAUACUGGAGAACAUCUUUAAGCAUAUUGGACAUACUGCUGUGUGAUGCUGUUCAUUUAGUUGUAAGAAAGUGGCCUCUGUUCUGUUAGGUAUAGUGUUUAUACACUUACUAUCAUUUAUAUUUUCAUAAAAUUUACCAUUCUUCUGAAUCAGAAUGAUUCUCAGUGUUGCACUUGGUUAUACAUUACUUUAUGUGAAUAUAUUUACAUUUGUAAAGAAAGUGACUUCAGUAAUAAUGUAGUUAAGUUUUUCAUAAGCAUAAGUUAAAAUAAAUAUUUAGUUUUACAUACCAUGGAAUAGCUGUUGGGACAUGUGGUAGCAUAGUUACUUAAGGCACUAUGCUACAAGCCAGAAAGUCCUGGGUUCGAGUC